AUAACAACGACGAGGAGUUAUUUGAAGCUUUAGAGAGGAAUAUCCCAGGUUUAAUUCAAAGAAUUUACAUUUAAUUUCAUGGAGAAAAAUAGUACAUCCAACAUCAUGACAUACGACAUAACCAGUGUACCACACAACAGUAAUCUAAGUGUGUUCAGCAAUAGGACGGCUGGAAAAACGGCUACCAUUCUGCACAAUGCAGCCAUUGAAGAGGAAAUUAACAAUUCUGUGUUCGAUAAAGUUUAUAUCACAAGCUUUACCUAUACAUUUGUUAUGCUUGUUAUAGGAUGUCCAGGGAAUGCCAUUGUCUUCUACAUUUACUUCACAAGAUGGAAAAAGACCACAUCAAGGGUUUUCAUUAUGACACUAGCUGCAGUUGACUUCAUGAACAUCUGUAUCACUGCCCCAACAGAACUGUAUUUUAUGCUUGAAUGGUUUCAAACAACAAAUGGAGUUUUGUGCAAGUUUUCAAGAUUUUGGACUCUUAUGAUGGACAAUAAUUCAACCUUUACUUUGCUUGGUAUUGCAGUGGACCGUUACAUAUGUAUCUGUCGACCCUUAAAGAGACAGAUGUCUACAAAAACAGCAAAAAUUAUUGUUUUCAUUAGUGCAUUUUUCGCUGUUGUUUUUGCUUGGCCUGGUUUAGUUGUCUAUGGAAUUCAAUCCGUACCAGUACCAAUAGCGCCCAAGACAUACGUAGUGGGUCAUAUGUGCUUGAUAGAGGAUUCUUUUGUGAAAACGGACUACCCUUUGGCGUUCAUCAUUGUUCUCCUGACAGGUAAUUUGCUGAUAAAUCUAAUUCUCAUCAUCGCCUACAGUCUAAUUGCUAUACAGGUUAUCAAGAGAGGGUCGUCAUUUUUAUACCAGACCUCUAAAGAUUCCAGGAAGUACAGUCACAGUGGCAGUCAAUCUCACACAGAGGAUGUCUCCCCGGAUGAAAACAGUUCCGAAUGCAACAAAGCAGCUGAAAAAGGAGCCAAAUUUAACAAACAGGGGUCCAUGUCUGUCCAGAGCGAUGAGGUCAGAAGGGCACAGAUGACCAAGACCACCCUUAUGCUGUUCUUGGCGACGCUGCUUUACAUGCUUUCCUCCAUACCGUUUUUCGUCAUCGUUAUAAUUAGAUAUGUACAGCCUUCAUACUACACAUCUCUCUCAGACACAGGGAAAGCCUUCUAUCAGUUUUUUCUGAGGUCAUAUCUUCUUAGUAUGUCCCUCAAUCCCGUCAUUUACAGCUUCAUUGGCAAAAUUUUCAGAGAAGAAUGUAUAAAGUGCUUCCGGAAAUUUGCUAGGGGUCUUUAAAUCAUAAAAUGGAAAGAGACAUGUAAAUCAUAAUCAAUUUUCAAAAAAAAAAUGUGUACAUUGUAUUGUUACUUACCAAAUGUAUGAAUUCGAAUAGAUUCUGAACAUGUUUCCUUGAAAAGGCAUCUGUACAUAGUAUCUGUUAAGUAUAACUUAGACUUCAAUUUUCAUCAUCAAGUCAUAAUUGAAUGCUUAAAUAUUUUAUCAA